AUGAGAAACCACACAGAAACCACAGAGUUUGUUCUUCUGGGACUGUCAGACGACCCUAAGCUCCAGGUUGUGAUCUUCGUCUUUCUCUUCAUCACCUACACUCUCAGCAUCACAGGCAACCUGACCAUCAUCACUCUCACCUUGAUGGAUUCUCACCUCCAGACCCCCAUGUAUUUCUUCCUCAGGAAUUUCUCUGUCUUAGAAGUAUCCUUCACAACUGUCUGUAUACCCAAGUUCUUGGGCACCAUAAUCUCAGGGGAUAAAACCAUUUCCUUCAACAACUGCAUAGCUCAGUUAUUUUUUUUCAUCCUUUUGGGAGUCACUGAAUUUUACCUCCUAGCUGCCAUGUCCUAUGAUCGUUACAUUGCCAUCUGCAAGCCCCUGCAUUACCUGACCAUCAUGAGCCAGAGGGUCUGCACAAUGGUUGUCUUUGCUUGCUGGCUGGUUUCUUUCCUAAUCAUCUUCCCUGCACUCAUGUUGCUCCUACGGCUUGAUUAUUGUGGGUCCAAUAUCAUCGAUCACUUUACCUGUGAUUACUUUCCCCUGCUUCAGCUUUCCUGUUCAGAUACAAAGUUCCUGGAGAGCAUGGGGUUUUCCUGUGCUGUCUUUACUCUGAUGUUCACUUUGGCGUUAAUAUUUCUGUCCUACAUGUGUAUCAUCAGAACAGUUGUGAAGAUUCCUUCUGCUAGCCAGAGGACAAAGGCCUUUUCCACGUGCUCUUCCCACAUGAUUGUCAUCUCCAUCUCUUAUGGCAGCUGCAUUUUUAUGUACAUUAAACCCUCAGCAGCAGAUAGAGCAUCUUUGACCAAGGGAGUUGCUGUGCUAAAUACCUCAGUAGCCCCCAUGCUAAACCCCUUCAUUUAUAGCCUGAGGAAUCAGCAAGUCAAGCAAGCCUUUGUGAACAUGGCAAGGAAGAUGGUAGCUUUCACAAAGUUCAUGAAAUGA